GAGUCACAGCAAGACGACAACCGGCGUGAGCUUUGGCAUGGAAAUGGGGGAUAGAUCGGAUGGAAAUUCAACAUCAUUUACAACUUGCAAUGGAAAUGAAAAUCAAAGUAGAGAUUGCGGUCACUUAAAUGAUGGGGAUGAAGAGGAUUAUGAGCUAGAAAUCGUAACCGCUGUCGCAGAUUUCUGUGCAAUAGACGAUAGCCAGUUGAGCUUUGAAACUGGGCAAGUACUAUCAGUGCUGCGUAAAACCAAUGUUGACUGGUGGUGGGCACGCAAGGGUAAUACCACAGGUUACAUUCCAACCAAUCACAUCGCUAUGGAAUCCACGGAUCCUGCAUCAAAACCUGACUGGCAAGAUGAUGAAUACUUUGGGAGUUACAGUACUUUGAAAUUGCAACAGGAAAUGCUAAGUGACCAAGCCAGGAAUGAAGCUUAUCAAGUUGCCAUUGAAAGGAACAAGGAAGCAAUGAAAGGGAAGGUUGUUUUGGAUGUCGGCUGUGGGACAGGGUUUCUUAGCAUGCUGUGUGUUAAGCAUGGAGGGGCCAAGAGGGUUCAUUCAAUUGAAGCCAGUGAGAUGGCAGAUACUGCGGAGAAGCUGAUUCAACACAACAACCUGUCUGAUGAGAUCACUCUAUAUCAUGGGAAGGUAGAGGGUACAACCUUACCUGAGAAAGUAGACCUCAUCAUUUCAGAGUGGAUGGGAACCCUUCUUAUUUUUGAGUUCAUGAUCGAGUCUGUCCUUAUUGCCCGAGACCAAUGGUUGAAGGCGGAUGGUAAGAUGUGGCCUUCCCAAGCCCAUCUCUUCCUGGCUCCAACCUCUGCACCCAAACAUAAGGAUCGUAUCCAUUUUUGGGACUCUGUUUGUGGUCUGGACUAUUCUAUCUUGAGAACAGCUGCCAUGUCAGAAUACUUCUGCAAGCCUCUUAUCAAUGAAGCACUCAAUGCAAGUGAUCUGUUAGCUGAAGGAGACGUUGUGUAUUCAUGUGAUCUCAACAUGGUUACUAUAGAAGAUCUUGAGAUGAUCAAACAGGAUUUUUCAUUUACCAUCAGCAAAGCAGGAACUCUACAUGGCUUUGCCUCCUGGUUCAGUGUGGACUUUGAACCCCUUGAGAAGAGCAGUGCAAAAUGUGUGGUGCUGGAUACCAGUCCACAUGUACCACUGACCCACUGGAAACAAGCAGCCUUAGUUCUAGAUGACUGGUAUGAUGUAGAGACUGGGGAUUCUGUCCAGGGCACUAUGAGGAUGGAAAGAAGCUUUAUGUGGAGGAGACAUUUUAGGGUCAGGUUAUCAGGGACCAUCACUUUCAAAAAUUCAAGCAACGUGAAGAAGACUUUCAAUAAGACGUUCAAGGUAUGGAGAUGACAUCCUUCAGUUAUUCUCUUCAGCAACCAUUUUAUAUGGACAUCAUCCAUACAGACAAUCUAUGCGUAAUUCACAUCUCAAUUUGUAAAACGGGUAUCUGGUAAUAUGUUCUGCAGCUGUACUGUGCACUAAUGUAUAUGUAUUAUCUAUUGUACUCGGUGCUGAUGUGUGUCAGAAAUUUACCAGAGUGAGUGCCCUCAAGUAAUGGGAUGGGUGCACAUGCACAGACUGGUUCAUUUUGAUGUCAUAACUCUAGUUAAGUCCAGUUAAACCAUGGUUUCGAUAUGAGGGUGAAAUCUGGGCAGCCAAACGUGGUAUUAAUCUGACAUUAAAGUUGGAAUUAAAAGGCAUUCUCAUGCUCCUCAAAGAUCAAAACUUCACUCAAAUCAGUUAUAUCUGGAGGAGAGACCUGUGGGUCACAGUGAUCUCAAGAACAUUGUGUCAAAGCAGUAAUGAUAAUGAAAUACUUUGGUUGGAGAUUUCAAGAUAGCCAACUUCUUGAGACCGUCUUAAUAGUCGUCAAAAAAAGACGCAUGUGUUACAUAAAAUAAUUUAGGUGACAAUCAAGUAGUUUAUCUGAUAACGCUGGAGUAAUUAGUGAAUUAUCGGAUGGUCUAAUAUCACUUUGUCUACUUAUCAGUUCGUCCAUCUUCACAUAGUCUAAACCCAUUUUGUCUACAACCAGUUCGUCUAAUAUCCACUUUGUCUAAUUCUCACUUGGUCUAAUAUCCAAUUCGUCUCAUUUCCAUUUGGGCUAAUAUCCAAUUUGGCUAAUAAGCAGUUGGGCUAAAACCAUUUUGUCUAAUAUUCAUUUCGUCUAAUUGUCAUAUGGUCUAAUGACCGUUUGGUCUAAUUAUUACUUGGUCUAAUUUUCACUUGGUCUUAUAUCCAUAUCUCUUCGUAGGCCUACCUGAAAGGGGGUGG